AUGGCGUUAUCAGGACUUCUCUGCCGUGCGAGCUGCUACGUGGCGCCGUCGCUGAGUGGCACGCGGCUCUACCGUGGUGUCCUGAGCCGCGCCUCCAGCACCGCGCUGGCGCUGCCCAACAGCGCCUCCUUGACCUCCUCCUCGGUGACGCCCUUGAGCUACGCCGGCUCCUUGCGGGAGGGCAGGCGCGGCUACGCUCAACAGCGCAACCCGCAUGAUAGUAACACGGAGGACAUUUCCAACGCCUUCUUCGACGUUCAGGACGUGGACGCGGAUCGUCUCACUCACUUUUACUGGGACUCCAACGACGACGCCGACACACCGUACGACACCGUCUCCCUGGACAGGCCCUUCGGUGAAGGGGAGGCGGACGAGUGGGCUGGUGAGUCGCUGGCCUUCGUGGACGAGCGCGACCAGCUCCUGCUAGGUGAGGAGUACCUCAAGUGA